AUUAUGACGUCAUAAUACAGUUUUACAUAGAUACACAACGUCAACAAAGCAGUGGGUAUGCAAACUAAUGCAGUUGUGAGCAAGAAAAUGUACAACGAAAAACGACUACGAGAAAUUCUGACAGAGCUGGCCUGCCGAUCAGCUGAUGUACCUAUAGACAUGCUUCCCAUCCCCUUUGACACAGAAUUAAUUCUGGACUUCGGAGAUGAAGCCGUUAAAGAUCUGAAAUCAAAGAAAGAGAUACUAAAGUUUGAAAAAAGCUGGGUGGAUAUGGUUGAGGAAGAGGAACUACGACAGGAAAACUUAUCAAAGGUAGAAGGGAUGUUGAAAGUCAUGGAUUCACAAAUCAAGUUAAAAGAAGAAAUGCAAGAAGAACUUAAGAAAGAAGUCCCAAGGAAGAUUGUCAAGCUAAGAAGCACAAUUAUUGGCAUUGAAAAAUCAAGGAAAAUGUUUGGGCCAAUCCACCAAGAACUGAUGACAGUUUUGGCUAGAAGAGAUCAAGACAAAAUAAAAAUCUACCAACAGAAGAAGAUCAUGUCAGAGAUGUUAAAAGAGCUUCAGGUUGUGGCAUUAAUGGAUUUUGAAGGAAGAAUUGCAAGAGAAGAAAAGAGGCAAGCCAUACACAAAGAGCUGAUGGCAGUUUUGACUAGAAAAGAUCAUGAGAAAAUAAAAGUCCACCAUCAUCAGAAGAUCAUGUCCGAGAUGUUAAGAGAGCUUAAGGUUGUGGCAUUAAUGGAUUUUGAAGGAAGGAUUGCAAGAGAAGAAAAGAUGCAAGCCAUACACAAAGAGCUGAUGGCAAUUUUGACUAGGAGAGAUCAGGACAAAAUAAAAAUCUACCAUCAGAAGAAAAUCAUGUCGGAAUUGUUAAAAGAGCUUAAGGUUGUGGCAUUAAUGGAUUUUGAAGGAAGGAUUGCAAGAGAAGAAAAGAAGCAAGCCAUACACAAAGAGCUGAUGGUAGUUUUGACUAAGAAGCAUUCUGAAGAUGCACAGUUCAGAAAACAACAGGAAGUUAUGUGGAAGAUGCUAAAAGAGCUAAAGACAGUUUUGACCAAACGAAAUUUAGAAGAAAAGCAGUUCCAAAUUCUAAAGGCACUGAAGUCAGCAAUGCUUAAAGAGCUUAAAAAUUUGAACAAAGACAACAAAUCAGACUUAGAAAAGGAGGAAGAAGAAGAUUUAUUUGUCCCUCGGAAACUGUUCCUGUUUCAUGUGGAUACCUUUAAAACUUCUCCACAGAAUGUUGAGACUUGA